CCUCAGCUGUAGCCCGGCCGGCUUCAGCUGCGCCGCCAUCUUUGUUGAUGUGUCAGCUCCGCGGGGGUUUUGGCGAGCGGCGGCGGUGGAGAGAGCGAGGGAGUUGUCUGUCUCCCCACCGCUGUCUUUCCCGCCCACUCGUGGCGUGGCGGUCCCGGCCAUGGAAAAGUUGACCCUUGAGCCGGAGCGCCAGAGGUCCCAUUAGGGCGCGGCCUGGGGCUUGGAGGAGUGCGAUGUAAAACAAAAAUCAGGAGUGGAUUUGAAGCAAUGCAAAGUGAACUGGUACCAGUCAGCAUGUCCGAGACCGAGCACAUAACCUCCAUUUCUUCGGAGAAACAUAUUGGAAAAACACCUGAGUUAAAGGAAGACUCAUGUAACUCAUUUUCUGGUGAUGAAAGCAGCAAAUUAGAGAAUGAAUCCAAACUGUUGUCAUUAAACCUUGACAAAAUCUCAUGUCAACCUAAUGAACACUGUCAUAUUGAAGCUUCUGAAAAUUAUGUUCCAGAUCAUGGUGGAGGCGAGGAUUCUUGUGCUAACAUAGACACAUGCCCUGAAAAUUCUGAACAAACAGCUAACUUUUCUAGUGGAGAUUCCACAAAGCAAAUGUCAAAAACAAGUGACACUGAACAGACAGUAACACAAAUAUUGGCAGAAAUAAGGUCAUCUACAUUUACAGAAGCUGCUAAUCAAAAGACUUACUCAGAAAGUCCCUAUGAUACAGACUGCACCAAGAAACUUAUUUCAAAAAUAAAGACUGUUUCAACAUCAGAAGACUUGUUGGAAAAAAUAGAAUCUGAACUCUUAUCUACGGAGUUUGCAGAACACCAAAUACCAAACGGAAUGAAUAAAGGAGAACAUGCAUUAGUUCUGUUUGAAAAGUGUGUGCAAGAUAAGUAUUUGCAACAAGAACAUACUAUAAAAAGGUUAAUUAAAGAAAAUAAGAACCAUCAGGAGCUCAUCUUAGACAUUUGCUCAGAAAAAGACAACUUAAGAGAAGAACUUAAAAAAAGAACAGAAACAGAGAAGCAGCAUAUGAGCACAAUUAAACAGUUAGAAACAAGAAUAGAAGAACUUAAUAAAGAAGUUAAAGCUUCCAAAGAUAAAUUAGUAGCUCAAGACGUUGCAGCUAAAAAUGCAAUUCAGCAGUUACACAAAGAAAUGGCUCAAAGGAUGGAACAGGCCAAUAAGAAAUGUGAAGAGGCACGCCAAGAAAAAGAAGCAAUGGUAAUGAAGUAUGUAAGAGGUGAGAAGGAAUCUUUAGACCUUCGAAAGGAAAAAGAAAUACUUGAGAGAAAACUUAGAGACGCAAAUAAGGAAUUUGAGAAAAACACUAAUAAAGUUAAGCAACUUUCUCAGGAGAAAGGACGAUUACAGCAGCUGUAUGAAACAAAGGAAGGUGAAACGACUAGACUCAUCAGAGAAAUAGACAAACUGAAGGAAGAUAUCAACUCUCACAUCAUUAAAGUAAAGUGGGCACAAAACAAAUUAAAAGCUGAAAUGGAUUUACAUAAGGAAACCAAAGAUAAACUUAAAGAAACAACAACAAAGUUAACACAAGCAAAGGAAGAAGCAGAUCAGAUACGAAAAAACUGUCAGGAAAUGAUAAAAACAUAUCAGGAGUCAGAAGAAAUUAAAUCCAAUGAACUUGAUGCAAAGCUUAGAGUUACAAAAGGAGAACUUGAAAAACAAAUGCAAGAAAAAUCUGACCAGUUAGAGAUGCAUCAUGCCAAAAUAAAGGAACUAGAAGAUCUGAAGAGGACAUUUAAGGAGGGUAUGGAUGAGCUACGCACACUGAGAACAAAGGCAAAAUGUCUAGAAGACGAACGAUUAAGGACAGAAGACGAAUUAUCAAAAUACAAGGAAAUAAUUAAUCGCCAAAAAUCUGAAAUUCAGAAUUUAUUGGACAAAGUGAAAAUUGCAGAUCAAAUACAGGAGCAGCUUCACAGAGGUAAACAAGAAAUUGAAAAUUUGAAGGAAGAAGUGGAAAGUCUUAAUUCUUUGAUUAAUGACCUGCAAAAAGACAUCGAAGGCAGUAGGAAAAGAGAAUCUGAGCUACUACUGUUUACAGAAAAGCUCACCAGUAAGAAUGCACAGCUUCAGUCUGAAUCCAAUUCUUUGCAGACCCAACUUGAUAAGCUUUCUUGUAGUGAAAGUCAGUUACAAAGCCAGUGUGAACAAAUGAAACAAGUGAACCUUAAUUUGCAAAGUAAAUUGCUAAAAGAGGAAGAACAGCGAAAAGAGGAAGUCCAGACUUUGAAAACUGAGCUCACGUGUAGACAAACAGAAGUCAAAGCAUUGAGUAUCCAGGUAGAAGAACUGAAAGAUGAGCUAGUAACUCAAAGACGUAAACAAGCCUCUAACAUCAAGGAUCUUACCAAACAACUUCAGCAAGCCCGAAGAAAAUUAGAUCAGGUUGAGAAUGGAAGCUAUGAUAAAGAAGUUAGCAGCAUGGGAAGUCGUUCCAGUUCAUCAGGUUCACUUAAUGCUCGAAGCAGUACAGAAGAUCGAUCUCCAGAAAAUACUGGUUCAUCAGUGGCUGUGGAUAACUUUCCAGAAGUGGACAAAGCCAUGUUGAUUGAGAGGAUAGUUAGGUUGCAGAAAGCACAUGCCCGGAAAAAUGAAAAGAUAGAAUUUAUGGAGGACCACAUCAAACAACUGGUGGAAGAAAUUAGGAAAAAAACAAAAAUAAUUCAGAGUUACAUUUUACGAGAAGAAUCAGGCACUCUUUCCUCAGAGGCAUCUGACUUUAACAAAGUCCAUUUGAGUAGACGAGGUGGCAUUAUGGCGUCUUUAUAUACAUCCCAUCCUGCUGAUAGUGGAUUAACACUGGAACUGUCUUUGGAAAUCAACCGAAAAUUGCAGGCUGUUUUGGAGGAUACUUUACUAAAAAAUAUUACUUUGAAGGAAAACCUACAGACACUUGGAACAGAAAUAGAACGUCUUAUUAAACACCAGCACGAACUAGAACAAAGAACAACAAAACCUUAACACAGAGGCAAAAGCCAGAAGGAGGAGCAGGUGCUGCUAACCGGGGUUUGUGGACACGUCCCUGCUGUGUGUGUCAUCGAGUCAGAAACGUGUUUUGCUUCAUCUGUAUAAAAAAGUACCCUUUUACACGGGAUGCAUUGCUGUGUAUACUGUAAGAAUGUAGACUUUGAUGAAAUUUGUUUUUAUAUGGUUGUAAUACAACAGCCUGUCGUUGAAUCAAGAGAACUUAA